AUGCUCAAUACAUUUGUUUUAACAUGUUUUGUAAGUUACUACUGUAAUCUUUUGUUUUUGUGGCUAGAGUUGUGCAAUUUAGGUUUUUUAGUAUAAUUUAAAAUUAUUUAAUUUUUUAAAAAUUUUUGGUCAUUUCUUUUUGAUAUAAUACAGCUUUUUUUUGGAUUGUGCUGUUUUCUACCUUUAUAGCACUCUCCAAGCAUUUCUUUUAAUUUUUGGAAUUUUUACUUUUUAUUUUUUUAAAAGCUUUCUUUUUUCUUUAGAUUGCAGUAACUUUUGCCGCCAAAUACCCAAAUGAAAUCGUUGAUAAUCCUAUUGUGACAUGUGAGCCAGAUCGAAUCAAUGUUAAGGUAAUUUUUUCAAAACAUGAUACUUAAACAUUAUGUAUAAUACUAUCACAUUACGAUUUUUAUACAAAAAGUUUAGGACUACAAAGUAAAACGGUUUUUAUUUGGAUUUAUUAGAAAGCUUGCACAGUGCAAUCUGUUUAUAUGAAAUUGCACGGUGCAAUGAAAUAAUAUUCUUUAAAAUUAUGGUAAAAUUGUAAUUUAACUUAAAAACAUAAUUACUUCAUGACGCGUUUUAGAUACGAACGUCUACUGCCAAUCCAUCACACAUUUAUGCCGAAGAUUUUCAUCAUUCAUCUAGCUGCAUGACAAGGAAUUCGAAUACUUUGAGUAUUCUGCACAAUGACUGCGGGAUGACACAAGAGAGAAUGGUAAAAACAGAGUUAUAUUAAUUUAGAUUUGCACAUACUUUUAUUUUUUGACAAAAAUGAUGUUAAGAAGAGGGAAGGAGGAGUAAAGUGUGAUUUAUUAGUGAGGAGAGGUGAAGGGGUAGUCUAAGAGCCUCUAGAGAGGGAUGAGUAUUCUAGAAAUCAGUAAUGAAGGAAAGAGAUACUUUUGAGAGAUAGAAGAAAGUAUGGUAUAAUGGAAGACGAAGAAACUUUUUUUGAUAAAACGUUUUCAGGACAAUCCGUCGGGUAUAAUGUAUAGAAUUUGUAUUUCCGUACAAAUCCACCCUCUUUUUGUGACAGAUUCUGAUCGUUCCUAUUGUGCUCAAUGUGUUUAUAUGGAAAGCAAUGUCGUCGAAGGACUAGAGCAAAACUUAUCUAUCAGGUAAGUCGGUUUAGUUAUUUAUAAUUUCUCAAAAACUUUUGGGUGAAAAUUAUAUAGGUAUACUUAUAAUUAAUGUCCAUGACUAGUCCAUUAAGAAGAUUAGGUCUUGGAUAGACCUGAAAGGGCCUAAGCUUUGAGCACGACCGACCUCUUUACAGGUUUAUCUUUGCUUCUAUUAUAAUUACAGCUAAAAAGAAUGCGAAACAAAGUCUUUUGUUUACUGUAACAAGAACUUUUUAUAACUUAAUCAUAAGUUUAAAGUAAAAAUUUUAGUGAAGUAGCCCCGAGUGAAUUGGAGCCUCAGUUCGAUGCUGCCUACAGUCCUCAAUGUGUAUAUUCGAUACGAAAGGGAUCGUUUGAUGGGCCUGAAGUUCAUGCGGCUGUAGUUGGUGAGACUGUGUUUCAUGUUUGGCAGUGUUCUAAUGGUACGUUUUAUCUAAACUAUGUGUUGUAUAGUGUUGAACGCAUCACUUUUGGUGAUUUUUGAAAAAAGUAAAAAGUUAAAUUUAAAGCCAAAAAAAAAAUUUUUUCUUUUAGCUUUUCUUCUCUUCCUUCCCUAGACUAACUGAUUGUUACAUAUAGUGAAAAAACUGGUCUUCAUUGAAAAAAAUAAUCUUUAUAGUAAAAACCUAUAUUUACAUCAAUAUAUAUUUCAGAGAACGUGGGCAUAUUGGUUCAAAACUGCAACGUCGAAGAUCUUCAAGGCGAGAAAAUCUUGAUUAUCGACCAAAAAGGGUACUUAAUGUUUGUAUUAAAUGUUUAGGCAUAAGUACACUUAUUAAAGUAGUAUAUUCUACAUAUACUCUAAGCUCUUUAAUGUAGGCAUAAGACGUGGAAUAUACUACCUUGAGAUAGGAAUUGAAUUAAAAAAAGAAAAGUUAUAAUUUUGAAAAUCUUCACCACAGUUUUCUUGCUUUUUAUGAAAAAUUUAUAUUCGAAUUGCUUGUUUCAGCUGUGGAGUAGAUCAGUAUCUGUUCAAGACUCCACAAUAUUCAUCAAAUCUUCAAACUGCGUUUUUUGGUAAGAAAUAUUGUUUACCAGCUAGUGUUUGAUCUUAAAAUCUUUUCAUGAAAAGGUUUUUUUUUAAAUUUUUCUUUAUAAGUUGAAAAAUUUUUUUAAAUUAAAAAUGUUAUUCAUUAAGGAGUCAAAUGUCUUCAAGUUUGUUGACAAAUCUAUGACGAGGUUCAGGUGUCAAAUACGAUUGUGUUUGAAAAACAAGGGAAAUGGGUGUCAAGGGAUUACGGUAUGAAUAUGUGGCAUUACCUAAAUUAAUUUUUUAAAAUAUUUUUACUUUGUCAAUUUAUAACUAAUUUAUUAUGGGCAUAAUGACUAAUUGCCUAAAAAAUCAAAUUCAGCCCCCCUCCCACUGUCCAAGUCUAGACGAGUUUGAUCAAGAAGUUGUGUCAUCUUCACCAUUGAUCGUGGAAGAUAUUACUCAACCCAAGUCUGAAGGAGUGUUUGGACAUUCGACAGAACAACCUCGAGGUCCUCCUGGAGUACGACCACCAUUGGGUUUGAGUACGGCACAAGUUGUGAACCGAGGUCAGCCAGUUGGCGUAGUGAGAAGUGGCUACAAGUAAGUUUCUGUACAUUGAAUUAUAGUAGAUUUUACUUUAAAUUAGGGUUUUGUUACAGUAAGAGUACAGAGUUUUUUUAUGGUUGCAGUAGGGUUUUGUCAAAUUUAUUUACAUUACGUUAUUUAAAAUUCUUGUAAUUACAGUAGCAUUUUGUGUUUUUCUUAAUAAUUACAGUAAGAUUUAUUAGAUUGUUUCGUUAGUACAGUAAAACUUUUGAUUUUUUUACAAUUACAGUAAGAUUUAAAAUUUUAACCAGGCAAUACCUAUAAACCUUACCCAUAUGCCUUUUGCCCACGUUUGCCUAUUUAGUUAUCCAAGUUAUCCUAUUAGAAGCAAGCGUGCUACUACCGUAUCAGCCAACGCUACCGUCCCACUGAGUCGGCCUAAACGUACCAUAAACGUGCAAGCCAACACGAGAAAGGAGGACGAUGUGUCCGAGGUGGAUGUGGUUGGACUGAUUCGAGUUUUGGACAAUCCAGAAGACCUGGAGUACUAUGCUGACAAGAACAAUGACAAACAGGAAUGGUCAGAAGCACGAGCUCAGAAGUGUAUGGCCUCAGGGCUCUAUUGGACGCUGAUUGGCAGUGUGGUACUAUUAUUUAGUGCCCAAGCUGGUGCCGCUUUCUUCGUGUUCAGAGAUCGCUUCGCGUUGAGAAAGUCGUUCCUUCAUAGGUUUAAUCAAUAG